CAUGGUCAUAUGCUGAGCACAUGUGCUUGCUUUGAUCCAAAGGUUUGGCCUCUGUACUGUGAGGUCAGUAUGAGGGGCUGCACUUGUUCUGGUGUGGCAGUUCAAAUGUAAGGAAGCAAUCUGGUUUUUAUAUGUGACCCUCAGACCGGGUGAAGCUGGAAGGUCUGUCUGUCUGCCACUAACUGAGCCACGAAGGGAAUACACAAGCAUCUGGAGGACAGAAGCCUUGGUCUGUGCAGGAGCACCUUGAAUAGUAGGUUGCUCUGUAGAACACCAGCCUUGUUCAAGGAUGGAAUUAAUGACUGGGUUGGACAGCUUAAUUGAAUUGCAGUGAGCAGCAGUUUCUGACUGAGACAGGCCAAGAGCCUUUGUCUGAUGGGCCCAUUGAGAUGAAGAACUUGUUUUGGAUUAAGCAAAAUCCCUACAGCCAUAAAGAAAACCUUCUUUUGUAUCAGGAAACAGAUGCUGUGAAGGAGGAGCUGUUGCAUUUCAAAGCAGCAGGUGGUGGGACUAUUGUGGAAAACACAACUACAGGAAUUGGUCGGGAUAUGAAUACUUUGAAGAAACUUGCUGAAGAAACUGGAGUUCAUAUUAUUGCUGGUGCUGGGUUUUAUGUAGAUUCCACGCAUUCUUCUCAAACACAGGCCAUGACAGUGGAGCAGCUGACAAACAUUAUUGUUGAUGAGGUGCUCAAAGGAGCGGAUGGGACUAACAUCAAGUGUGGUGUGGUGGGAGAAAUAGGUUGCUCCUGGCCUUUGACUCAGAGUGAACACCGUGUGCUCCAGGCAACAGCACAGGCUCAGUCACAGCUUGGAUGCCCUGUUAUCAUCCAUCCUGGCAGGAGCAGCGACUCCCCUUUCCAGAUUGUCCGCAUUCUGCAGGAAGCUGGGGCUGAUGCUUCAAAGACGGUCAUGUCUCACCUGGACAGGACCAUAUUUGAUACAAAGAAACUUCUGGAAUUUGCUAAACUUGGAUGCUAUUUAGAAUAUGACCUAUUUGGUACAGAAUUUCUUCACUACCAGUUCCAUCCUGAUAUUGACAUGCCGAGCGACAAUGAAAGAAUUGCAAGGAUUCGUACACUGAUUGAUGAAGGCUAUGAAGACAGAAUUCUGAUGGCUCAUGAUGUGCACACCAAGAACAGGUUGAUGAAAUAUGGAGGUCAUGGAUAUUCACAUAUCUUUGAAAAUAUAGUUCCUAAAAUGCUAAUUAGGGGCAUAUCCCAAGAUAAAAUUGAUAAAAUACUCCUAGCAAAUCCAAAGCGGUGGUUGACUUUUAAGUAGGAAUAAUGAAUAAUUAUUCCUAUUCUGUAGAGAAGCUUGAUAAAAUUCAAAUUUCUUUCCAGAGAGCAGUCAUUUUAAAACUUGGUUCUUUUCAGAGAAACUGAAAAUUAUUAAGGAGAUGCAAACAAACUGAUUAUAAAUUUUCUUUUUAAUUAGAACAUCAAAAUUGAGUACUGUCUCUGCAUCUUCUCCCUUCUGGAAAUUUGUUCAUGAGUGAUUUACUGAAUAUGAGCCUACCCCAAAAUCUUUUCCAUAGAAAUUUUAAAAUAAUUGUUUCAAGAGCGUAAUCUAAUACUAUUAUUGAAUGUUACCCCAAACUACUUUUGAAGAUGCACCACCUGGACUUUGAAAGAAAUUAUGGUUUUCAGUUAAAUUUCCUGUCUCUGGGGGCUGAUUUUAAUCUUUGUAAUACUGACAAUCUUCUCAUUAUCCUUGUAUUCUUUGAGUAAUGCUGAUGAAAGGUCUGUAACUUUUAAAGAGCUUCUGUAGACAACACAAGGCAAAAGAAAUCUCAAAUAAAUCUAAAAAGGUAAUUUUUUUUAUAAUUUAACAAUUUACUUAAUUUUAACUGAAAGUGUAAAAAAUACAUGGAAAAAUAUAUUUUUGAAUAAAGCAAUUUGAUGAUCUCUUAAACUAUGUGCAGUAUUAUUACAGAUGUCUUUUUUUAAUCACAUUUUUUUUAUCAUGGACUUUUGGAAUCUCACAGUGAUCAUGUAAAACUUGACACAGACCAGCUUCUUUUUGUAAAGAUGCAACACCAGAAGUCAAAAUAUAUUACAUAAUACAGUUUUAAUGAGUUCUAAUAGUUAUAACAAAGGUUGUGAUAUAAGUCUUUACAAAUCAGUAUAUCAAGAUAUGAUGAAAAAGGAAGAAAUGUUUGCCUUAUAUGUGAUUUUUACAUAAAGCGUGUUCUUUGCUCUUGUCUAACUUUAACCAGGGCAUGUGAUCUAUUCAAAAAAUGGUGUUAUCCAGUAGCAGUGGGAGCCUGAUUUCAAAAGCUUCUUCAAAUUUUGACCAUAUACAUCUUGUAGUAUUGAGCCUUCCCAAUAAACACCUUAGUAAAUACGCACUGCUGGUUGUGAAUG